UUGACUCCAACACAUCAUCUCGUCUCACCUCCACCUUGCUCAAUGAGUUCAAUUACAUUCAAUGGGCCAAUGCCAUGACUUUGGCUAUAGGAUGAAGGCAGAGGACAAAUUACAUUAACGAGGAAGCAAAGAAGCCCAUUACUUCUGAUGCUGAGUAUGAUGCUUGGCUUUCUCAAGAUCAACUGGUCAGGUCAUGGAUCAUUAACUCCAUGGAACCAAGGCUGCAAUCAAUCUUUCAAUACUCAGAAAGUGCUCUUGACAUGUGGAAUGCAAUCAAGGGCAUGUAUGGAGAUCUAAACAACAGUGCUAGAGUGUUCCAAAUCAAGAGGGAGCUGGCUGAUCUUCGACAAGGUAAUCUAACCUUCACAGAACAUCUUGGCAAAUUAACUGCAAAAUGAAAUGAGCUCGAGAUCUACAUGCCCUUUACCACUGAGAGAGCUAUACUUUUGAAGAGACAAGAGGAAGAUAAAAUAUUUGAGCUUCUUGCUAGCCUUGGAGCUGAAUAUGAGGAUAUCAAGAGUCAUCUUCUCAUGUCACUAGAGCUGCCUACUCUUCUCAAUGUGAGAAACACCAUUCAAAGAGAAGAGACAAGAAGGAAGGUGAUGACAAAUGCUGAAGUUGCUGUUGUUGAAAGAGAGGAGAGGGCUGCUGAUGCUAGAGCUUUUGCUAGCAACAACAGACCAUAUCGAGGCAGACGCCCAGAUCUGAAAUGCACACACUGUGAAAAGAUUGGAAGGACUGGAGUAGGUCAUGUGAAGGAAACUUGCUGGAUUCUUCAUCCUGAGUUGAAGAACAAGUUUCAUGAAAGCUCGAGGGGACAGUUUAGACCUGUCUAUACUCCUAAGGCUAAUCAAGCAAGUUGCAGCUCUUCUAACUCACAAGAUCUUAACAACUUCACUGCAAAUUCCAUCAAUCUCAUCAAUGAGUUUGCAGCUUUUAUUCAACAGAGACAAGGCAACUGUGACAGUGAGGGGGCUACUGCCAUGCUUGGCAAGUUUGCAGGCUAUCUUGCUGAUUCAAAUAUUGCAGGGCAAGAGGAGAUUCCAGGAUCGUAUUUCAAAACAGAAGAUUGGUGAAGGGUUUUUCCUAAAUGGCCUUUACUACAUUUCAGCUUCUUCAAGUUUUCAUCAAAGUCUUGCUGCAGAUACAAGCCUCAUUCCUCUUCCAAAUCUGUGGCACAUGAGAUUAGCUCACCCUUCAUCAAAUGUCAUGUCAUUUAUGUUUCCUAAUUCUUAUA